CGGCGGGCAUGAGGCUGCUAAGGGAUGGAGUUGGGCUCGGCCCCCAGACACGGCCCACGGGCUCUGCCAGCAGCAGGUCCCUCGGGCCCCAGCCCUCACUGCGUCCCGGACCCAGAGCCCUGCACCGCGGGUGCAGACUGGCUGCCAAGGCCACGCUUUUGGCUGAAAGGGGCGCUGCCAGGUGCACAGCCCUGGGCAUGAGCCUUUUAAGCUGCGGAGGAAAGCUCAGCACUGGUCCCAGGAAAGGUGCCUAGAAGCCCACAGAGGAGGACCCCUGUGGUGAGUAUCUGGCUGGCAAGCGGGGAAGCAAGGACUGGAGGACCAAGUGGCCCCCAGACCGCUAGGAGGGAGACUGGGCCUGACCUGCCCUCAAGAGACCAGCUCCUGAGCUCCCCCUAGUGCAGGGGGUUACUGAGGCUGCCUGACCACGGCUUCACUCCAUCAAUGAGAAGUCACUAGCCUGGUUCCUCGAGGCCGGAUUCAAGUAGGAGCACACCAGGGAGGCCUUCCUGGGGAGAUCUGGUCCACAGGUAUGCAGGCGUUCUGUGUGCUGUGGGGUGGGAUCCAAGGGCAGACCAGUAGGGAGGGCUCUAGGGCCCCAGAGGGGUGUUUGGGAAUGCCAGCCAGGGUGGGUUCACCAAAGUCUUGGUGGGACUCAGAAUGGCUGGCUGGGCUCAGGAAGCAUGGCUCAUGGGGGAAACUUAGAGCAGCAGGGCCAGGCUACCAGACCCACAGGAAGCUGGAGGGGGACAGACCUGGACCAGCUCUCAAAGACAAGGUUGAAGUGGAGGCCUGGUUGGCCCUCCUGGGAGUUGCUCAGGCAUGAGUCUAUCUGAGCACAGCCAAAAGCCCACCCCCCGCUUUGAGUCUGCAGGCUUGGCAAUGCUGCCCCCUAGUGGCCACAUGGAGCCAUGCCCAGGCCCCAUGUUCGAGGGCCCAUCAGCCCACAUCAUCCCGGGGCUCAUCUGUGGAGAGAAGAGAGAACUCUGGCGGCCCUGGGUCUAGACAGAGAUCACAUAGGAGCAAGGAGCAGAAGCGCUGGGUGGGCAACACGGGCUGACGCUGGGGCAUCACCGACAUCAGAUAGGUCAACAGCAAACACCCUGAAUCCUCUCUAGUCCACAUCUUCCUCCUCUGUGCCAUGGAGAUAAAGGUCUCUGUGGGACCCAGAGUGUCCAGCUACUUCCUUUUCUGGCUGCUCCUGGCAACUCCAGCCCUGCAGCACAGAGCAGUGAGGUCCUGGGGCAAGGGACCUUGGGAUGUGAAGCAGUCGCCGAGCUUCCCUGAGUCUUAUUUGUGCAGGUGGAAAAUGAGGAUUAUGCCAGCUACUUCAUGGAGUUGUGAGGACUGAAAGAGGGAACAGGUGCAAAGUUCCAACACAAAGUUAGGUUCUCAAGGCAGUUACUUCUCCUCCCGGGUUGAGUCCAGCCAUCCAAGUCCCUUGUACUUCGUCUGGAAACACGGAAGAGGAGGGAUGAACUACCCAGAGGAUAACUCAUCUCUCAUUGUCCCAGGCUGCCUCAAGAGGAGGAGAGGGGUGGGAACAGGUCAGCUAGGGCUGAUGGGCGCACCUGGUAUUGACAGAUGGAGCCCGGAUGUGGAAGCCCUUCCGUGCUGCCCCACUGGCCCCCGCCUAGGCGGCAGCCGGCCCUGUGGCCAACCCUGGCUGCUCUGGCCCUGCUGAGCAGCGUCGCCGAGGCCUCCCUGGGCCCUGCGCCCCGCAGUCCCGCCCCGCGCCUUGGCCCCGCUCCGGCCCCAGCGCCCCCCACUGGCCACCUGCCCGGGGGCCGCGCGGCCCGCACGUGCGGCGGAAGAGCCCGGCGGCCGUCGCCCCAGCCUCCCCGGGCCGCGCCCCUGCCGCCCGCGCCCUCACCGGCGCUGGCCCGCGGGGGCCGCGCGGCGCGAGCAGGGGGCCGGGACGGCCGCGCGAGCCGGGGGGGCCGCGCGCGGACUGCGGGGGCGCGGGGCUGCCGCCUGCGCUCGCAGCUGGUGCCCGUGCGCGCGCUCGGCCUGGGCCACAGCUCCGACGAGCUGGUGCGUUUCCGCUUCUGCAGCGGCUCCUGCCGCCGCGCGCGCUCCCCGCACGACCUCAGCCUGGCCAGCCUGUUGGGCGCUGGGGCCCUACGGCCGCCUCCGGGCUCGCGGCCGGUCAGCCAGCCGUGCUGCCGCCCCACGCGCUACGAGGCGGUCUCCUUCAUGGACGUCAACAGCACCUGGAGAACCGUGGAUCGCCUGUCGGCCACUGCCUGCGGCUGCCUGGGCUGAAGCCUCGCUCACGGGGUUGGCGGACUGCACCCUGCAUCCUUACCCGCGGCUUCUGGCGCUCGGGGCCCUCUCGCCGGAGAGUUCGGGGUGAUGGGGUGGGGGUGGGGAGUGGCUGGAGCCUCAGCCUGAAACCGAGGCCUCUGCCGGGUGAAUGAUGGCCAUGAGCCCCCGAGAGAUGGAGGGAUGACGGGCCUGGGGCCCCAGGGUACUCGCCCUGCCAGUCCCAGCCCUGCUGACACCAGACACCUCAGCUGCGGAGACCUUAGGACCCUCUUCGCACAGACUCUGGCACUGACUCGGCCGCGGCCCCCUGGCCUCAGCCCAGGCCCUGGGGGCGCAGAAUCGGAGGAGACACACGGCAAUCACAUUGCCCACGAGGGCCUGGACUCACUCGUGGGAGCUGGACCCCUAUUUAUUAUUCCUAAGUUAUUUAUUUACUUC